CGGGGAGCGAGGGAGGGCGCGGGGCCGAGUAACACCUUAGCGGCCCUCCCCCGCCGCGGGCCGUAGUCCAGUCCCAAGAUGGCGGCCACCAUGAAGAAGGCGGCUGCAGAAGAUGUCAAUGUUACUUUUGAAGAUCAACAAAAGAUAAACAAAUUUGCACGGAAUACAAGUAGAAUCACAGAGCUGAAGGAAGAAAUAGAAGUAAAAAAGAAACAACUCCAGAAUUUAGAAGAUGCUUGUGAGGAUAUCAUGCUUGCAGACGACGACUGCUUAAUGAUACCUUAUCAGAUUGGUGAUGUUUUCAUUAGCCAUUCUCAAGAAGAAACACAAGAAAUGUUAGAAGAAGCAAAGAAAAAUUUGCAAGAAGAAAUUGAUGCCUUAGAAUCCAGAGUGGAAUCAAUUCAGCGGGUGUUAGCAGAUUUGAAAGUUCAGUUAUAUGCAAAAUUUGGGAGUAACAUAAACCUUGAAGCUGAUGAAAGUUAAACAUUUUAUAAUACUUUUUUUAAUUUGUUUAAUAAACUUGAAUAUUGUUUAAAAUGAUAAUUUCCCUUCUUCAAAUGAUAUGGAAAGCAAAACUUUUUUUAAAAUUUUCAUUUAUUUAAUGGAAACUUGCCUAUUUUCACAUGUCUUGCUUAUUUAUUUUAUAUUUUUAAAAGAAGACAGUAUUCAUCUAUGUAUUUUGCAUAACAAUUAUAUCA